UCGGGUUUCUGUCUUGCCUUGCACGUGCCGGCUCGUUUAGAAGGAUCUGUGGUUUUUGUUAUUCAUUUUUCUUGAGAAGUGGAGUGGGAUAGAGCCACUUAGCGUUGAUAGCGGCUUGCCGCACCAACACCAUGCCAAUUCCAAUCACGACUAAGCGUCGAAGCGACCAGCCUCUCCCAAGGUUUAAAGGCGAUCGUCCCUGUCGGCAUGUUGUAAACAGUCUGUGUCACAACAGCAUCUACUACCAUGGCGACGGCGGAGGCAAUUGUAGCGGCUCUCGUGCUGGGUUUACUCUCUGCUGCCUUCCUCGUCAAUUUCUUUCGUGUGAAGCUUGAUCCGCGAGAACCUCCUGUCAUCCAGCCCAAGAUACCCCUCAUUGGACAUAUCAUUGGCUUAAUGCGCGAUGGCGCGAGCUACUUUGAAAAGAUCAGUGCGCAAACCAAGAGCCCAAUUGUCACACUCCCCAUACUCAACAGUCGCACCUAUGUUGUCCUCUCUCCCAGCAUGGCUCAGCACAUCAUGCGCUCGCCCGCAACCCUCAGCUUCGACCCCAUCGUUGUCGAAAUGACGCCCCGCAUGGUUGGGGCAAGCAACGCCACAAAGGAGAUCAUCAGGGACGCGAAAGCGAAGCUAGAAAACCGGAAACCCAUGUUGGACACGUCACAUGAAAUCAUCAAUCCGCCGUUGAAUGCAGGCAGAAUUGGCGGCAUCAGUGCCGUGCAAUUGCAUCUGUUCAGCGAUGCUGUGAAUGCUAUCUCUGAUGGAUCGACAAUUGAGUUGUUCAGGUGGGUAACGCGAACAGUGACGGCUUCAGCUAUGAAGACUUUCUAUGGGCCAGAGAAUCCAUUUGCUCUGAAUCCGCAAUUGAUCGAGGACUUCUGGAAAUGGGAUGCUGGAAUGCCGACCUUCCUGCUCGGCCUUCUGCCAAACCUCACCUGUCGAGAAGCAUAUCAAGGUCUGGAGAACUGCGUUGCGGGCUUCGUCGACUACAUCGAAAAGGGGCGGAUAAAUCAAGCUUACUGCCUCCUCCAAGAGCGCAACAAACUGCACGACACCUUCGGAAUUUCCACGUCGGAAAAGGCGCGGCUGGAAAUGGGCAUAGCGUUCGGAUUCAACUCCAACGCCAGCAUCACCACCUUCUGGGUUCUCAACAAUAUCUUCAGCCGGCCGGACCUUCUUGCUGAAAUCAGACAGGAAGUCGAAUCCAACGCCCUCGUAUCCCCAGACACGAUAUCCUACACCUGUCUCAAAAACUCCUGCCCCCUCCUUAAUUCCGUCAUGCGAGAAACCCUCCGCAUGACUUCUCCAAUGCUAACCCCCCGCUUCGUAACCGCCGACACCAUCAUCGCGGACACAUACCUACUCCGCGCCGGCUCCGUCGUACAAAUUGCAGGCGGCGUCCUUCACACCUCCACUUCAACCUGGGGUCCCGACGCUACUUCCUUCAACCCCCACCGCUUCCUCCACACGCCCUCUGGCACGAGGUCAUCGCCCUCCGGCGCCAUUCCCAACCCCAGCUCUAGUUCCAAAGACGACGCCGUCAAUCCUGCAGCCUUCCGCGCGUUUGGCGGCGGCUUGCAUCUCUGCCCCGGACGCUAUUUCGCGCAAAUGGAGAUUGCAUCGCUAGCAGCUGUUAUGGCUAUGGCAUUUGAUUUCGAGCCGCCCGAGGGACAGGAGAGGGUGGCGUUUGAUCCGCCAGUUGAUGCGAAGGCGAUUCCGGUCGGGACGUUGAAGCCUACUAGGCAGCUUCAUGUUAGGGUGAAGAGGAGGCAAGGGAUGGAAGGUGUGAGGUGGGUGUUGAGGUAUGAGUGAGAGUGAUGUAUGAGAUGAAGGGGUGGUUGAUAUAGUUAGGGAAUGGAUAUGUGUACGAUUGCUUGGUUUGGGUAUGGUGAUAGUGGUAAUGAACUCCUAGAAUGGGAUUGGGAUUUAGGGGGAUGUUAAGGCGUGAACGACACAGCAUAUUGUGACAGCAUCUACAAUAGAAUAUUACCAGGGGUUGGGUAUACGAAGCCAUUGCUCGAACCAAGGAGUGGGUCAAGAAAAAAGAGUUUGCUAUCUUACAAUAGAUCUUUUUGAUUCGUCAGAUACAUAAGUAACACAAU